AUGCGUCCCGGCCGCUUCGUCUGUGUGGGUAUCCCACUCGUCCUAACCAUAGGCGCCAUCAUCGCUUUCAUGGUCGCCACGCUCUCGGGCAUCACCCACAACGGCCUGUUCAUCUUCAGCAUCGAUCUCAGCAAGUUCGACCUAGACACCGACACCCUCUCUAGCCUAGCCAGUUCCCUCGGGCUCGACCUGCGUCGCCGCGCCGACAGUUCAUCAUCAUCGACGGGCCUGACCGCCAGUGACCUCGGCCUGGGUGAUGAGUACGAGAUCAGCCUCUGGGGUUACUGCGAGAUCGACUCGGACGGCAACCGCGACUGCACCAAGGGCGAGUACAACUGGGCCUCGAAGCACAUCCGCAGCGACUUCCUCGACAACCUGGGCAGCGUCUCCGGUGUCAACAUCACCCUGCCCGACGAGCUGAACACGGCCCUCAAUGUCUUCUGCACCAUCACUCGCUGGACUGAGAUCGCCUUCAUCGCCUCGCUGGCCUCGCUGGGCGCCGUCCUGUUGCUCGGCAUCUUCGCCAACUGCACCCGCAUCAUGUCGUGCGUCACCUGGCUCGUCGGCCUUGUCGCCAUCGCCCUGUCCAUCGCUGCCGCCGGCCUGGCUACGGCCAUGGCCACCGUCGUCGUGGCCGCUGUCGAGUCCCAGGCCAAGGCCUACAACGUGACCGGCAAGAUCAGCGCGGGCUACCUCGCCUGCGUCUGGAUUGGCGUCGCCUUCGUACUCGGCGCUACCCUCUUCUGGCUCUUCUCCAUGUGUUGCUGCAAGCCCGACCACGACAGCCGCCGCAGCCGCCGCCGCGGUGACUCGGUCGACGACGCCGAGAAGCUCAUGCCUACCGGCACCUAUAUCCCCGUCGGCGGCAACACCACCUCCAACCACCACCGCGACGACUCGGGCGAGAUGAUCACUGCCUAUGGUGGUGCCGCUGCCGGUACUGGCGCCGGUGCCGCUGCCUCUUACCACAACCAGUUCCAACCCACCUAUGGUGAGGGAUACAGCCAUUCGCCCUCGAUCCGCUCAGACGGCGCCUACGAGCCGUAUAAGCAUCGUGGUUGA